UCAACGCUUAUACAAAUGUACAUCUGUACAUAUCUCAUUUGCUUGGCAUGUUUUAACAGCUGUAGUUGUGCGGGUCAUAUAAUUGUAGUGAAUAUAUCCGCCGCAGUGUGCAUUGUUUUGUGUGCUGCUGCAUUCUGUGCAUUAUAUUUGAUUUUCGGCUAUGGUGCUCAGCUGCUGUGCAACACAAUUGGUGUUGCCUAUCCUGCUUAUAUCUCCAUACACGCCAUUGAGUCGAGUACAAAAUUGGACGAUACCAGAUGGUUAAUUUACUGGGUGACUUAUGCUAUAUUAUCGCUGAUUGAAUAUUUCUCCGGUUUUCUGACCUCUGUCGUACCUUUUUACUGGUUACUUAAGUGCGCAUUUCUCAUCUGGUGCAUGCUGCCAAUCGAAAGGAAUGGAUCUACCGUCAUCUAUCAAAGCGUUGUGCGCCCAUAUUUCCUGAAGCACCACCGAGCCGCUGACGAGUUUAUUGAUAAGGUGGCUUCUAAGGCAAAGGACUCCAUCCACAGCAUCACUAAACAAGAAUAAUUUGUAAUAAUUUAUGUUUGAUAUUACUUAUUAUUUUGAUGUAAUUGCAUUUCUGGACCAUCAGACAGAAGAAAGCAAUCAAUCAUAAUAAAUAGCUUUAUGUGGAAUGAAUAAAAGGAGAGCAACAAAGAACAAAGACAAUGAAUAAUCCACAUAUUUAAUCAGACAUGAUAUUUUUAAAACACAUUUGAAAUAAAAACACAUAUUUUUUAAAUCAAUUAAAUUAUUAGUACAGCACCUAGCAUUGUUUUGUAAAUGCAGCAUACACGCCUAUAUGUAAAAGUAAAAUCAAUAUUACGUUAUUUCAAAGUAACAUCUUAUCGCCCUUAAA